AUGGCAGUAAGGGGGCGCGGCUGACGUUCAGCAGUGUUUCCGGAAAGAUGGCUGCUGUGGACGCUGCUGAGGAAUCGGUAGCGGUGGUGGCGGCUGUUGAGGCAAAAGCAAAGGACGAAGAGGAGGAGGAAGAGGAAUUGCUGUCACCAUGCGAGGCGGUGCGCUGGGCCCCAGUAGGGGCGGUGGCCGAGACCGGGCCUGGGGUGUCUGCAUUUUCGGAAGAGGCAGCAGCCGAGGAGCCCGGCACGGCCCGGGGUUCCCCGCCGGACUCGCCCAGCUGUACCUUGCGGCGGUUGCGGGCCGAGCGGCGGCGGCUGGAUUCUGCGCUACUCGCGCUGUCCUCGCACUUCGCGCAGGUGCAGUUCCGCCUGCGCCAGGUGGUGCGGGGAGCACCAGCGGAGCAGCAGCGCCUCUUGCGCGAGCUGGAAGAAUUCGCCUUCCGCGGCUGCCCUCACGUCCUGGGUUACGAGGGGCCCGGGGACCCUGCCAGUGACGAGGGCGGCAGGCUGCCCGGGGACCGGCCACGGUUGAGGGGCGAGGACCAGGGCUUGAGUGAGCGGGAAAAACAAGAGCGUCUGGAAACCCAGAGGGAGAAACAGAAGGAACUGAUAUUACAGCUCAAGACUCAGUUAGAUGACCUGGAAACAUUUGCCUAUCAAGAGGGCAGUUAUGACUCCCUGCCUCAAUCUGUGGUCUUGGAAAGACAGAGGGUGAUCAUAGAUGAGUUAAUAAAGAAACUGGACAUGAAUCUGAAUGAGGACAUCAGUUCCCUAUCCACUGAAGAGCUUCGUCAGCGUGUGGAUGCAGCAGUGGCUCAAAUUGUCAACCCAGCCCGAGUGAAAGAACAAUUGGUUGAGCAACUGAAAACCCAGAUCCGAGAUCUUGAGAUGUUCAUCAGCUUUAUCCAAGAUGAAGUAGGAAGCCCCUUACAGACAGGUGGUGGACAAUGUGAGUGCAAGGCCAGUGGGAAGACAGGAAAUGGCUCCACCAGAACAGGCAGCAGCAGACUGCCUCCAGGAAACAGCAAAAUGAAGACAGAAGAUGUGAAGAGAGUCCGGGAGACUGGGCUACACCUGAUGAGGAGAGCGUUGGCUGUGCUCCAGAUCUUUGCUGUUAGCCAGUUUGGUUGUGCCACAGGCCAGAUCCCUCAAACCCUAUGGCAGAGAGGCCAGGCCGACAGAGACUACUCCCCCUUACUGAAGAAGCUGGAGGUAUCAGUAGAUAGAGUGAAACAGUUAGCCUUGAGAUACCAGUCACAUGACCAUGUCAUCACCUCUGCCAACCUCCAGGACCUCUCUCUGGGAGACAAGGAUGAGCUGACCACGGCUGUGCGGAAGGAACUAACAGUGGCAGUGAGGGACCUGCUGGCCCAUGGACUGUAUGCCUCUUCCCCUGGGAUGAGCCUUGUCAUGGCCCCCAUUGCUUGUUUGUUGCCAGCCUUCUCCUCAGCCCCUGAGACCAUGCAUCCCUGGGAGCUCUUUGUAAAGUACUACCAUGCUAAGAACGGCCGUGCUUAUGUGGAAUCCCCAGCCCGGAAGCUGUCCCAGUCCUUUGCCCUGCCUGUUACAGGUGGCACUAUUGUGACCCCCAAACAGAGUCUACUGACAGCCAUCCACAUGGUGCUGACAGAGCAUGACCCUUUCAAGCGCAGUGCAGACUCCGAGCUGAAAGCCUUAGUGUGCAUGGCCCUGAAUGAACAGCGUCUAGUGUCCUGGGUGAACCUCAUCUGUAAGUCAGGAUCACUCAUUGAACCACACUACCAGCCCUGGAGCUAUAUGGCCCACACAGGCUUUGAGAGUGCCCUCAACCUGCUCAGUCGCCUCAGCAGCCUCAAGUUUAGCCUCCCUGUGGACUUAGCUGUGCGCCAACUGAAGAACAUCAAGGAUGCCUUUUGAUGAGACUGCCUGGACAGCUCCUCACUCUGUAGAUGUGUUAGACUUCUAGAAUAAGAGAAAGUGGUCCGAGGAGGGAUGAAAGACAUUUUUCCUAUACUCUGCUUAGGUGGCCGGCAAAAUAUUUUCCCUCCAUCAAGUUAGUAUCUUGGAAAGAUGUGCUGGAGACCCUCUUAUUUAAAAGGUUCUCACAACUGGUUGCGGUGGCAUAUGCCUAUAAUUCCAGUGACUCAGAAGGCUGAGAUAGGAGGAUCGUAAGUUCAAGGCCAGCCUUGGCAACUUAACAGAGACUCUGUCUCAAAAUAAAAACUGAAAAGGGUUGGGGAUAUGACAUAGUAGCAGAGUGCCCCUGGUUUCAAUCCCCAGUACCAAAAAAUAAAGUAAAAUAAAAAUAAAAAGGUUUUCAGAGUCGGAGGUAUGACUCAGGGGUAGAGCUCCUGCUUAGGAUAAACAAGGCUCUAGGUAAGUUCAAUAAAUAAACAAAAUUUUCUGUCUCAGCAUGCACUGCAGUGUACAUGUGGGCAUGUGUGUUUGAGCCUGUGUAAAAGGAAUCAGGGCACACAGCUAAUGUCUCAACUUAGUGUGCCAUAUCUGAUAUUUAGAAAACUUGGGUUGCUCUAAUCAUUUCAUGGCAGUAAGUGACAACAUGAAUGAAUUGUUGAUUCAGAGAUAUAUUUGUGUUGAGACUCCUGUUAGUCAAGUUGGGAACUAUCCUCCUUUAUAUGAAGCAAGUUUGAAAUUUA